AGAAGGUUUUGCUUUUCUCUGACUACACUAUUUUCUCUAGUCAUUCCGUUUGUCACUGAUAUAAUAUGCCUGAACAGGCGUGAUCGCACCUCCCAAUGAGGGCUCAUUGGCCGUGGAGAUGUGGACAUUUCUCAGAUGCUAUCACAAAUAGGUGUAAAGAGACGUGGCAGGUCAAAAUUUGCACCUGCACUUGGUAAACGGAGCAUACCAGACCAGAGGAUGACCCAAACAAAACUGCUUGAACUCCGCAAAGCACCAACCACUCCUCGGCCCAGAAAGGUUGUCCUGAAAUGAAAUACCAUGCCGCAAAUAUCACGUUGGUCUGCUGAUUGGGGCAAGCCCUUCUACGGAAACAGGAAUAGAAACAUCAGCUAUGUGAGAAAGCAUUCCAUGGCCUGUAUUUUAUUACUUACUCAUUUAGAAUGCUUGUUCCAGUUUGAUUUAUUACACUCAUUUCUCACUGUACAAGGUUUUCAGGCUUUACUUCUGUAUUUAUGUUUUACUUCUGUAUAUUAUGUGUUUGUGGUUAGGCCUGGGCCGAAAACAAAUUUUGCUUAGCGAUAUAUUGACCCACAAAUUAUUGCCGAUAAAUAAUAUUAUUGCCAUUAUUUUUAUGAGACCUACAUACAUAAUAACAAUGCAUGUACUGUACAUCCUUUUAAAUGCAAUAAACGUAUAUUUCUCAUAUAUUUUGACUUUGUAAUUGGAAAGGUUUAAAUCUCCAAGUUGAAUAAAACAAAUAAUAGAAAUAAAAUAUACUUGGUCUGUAGGCAAAAUUUUGCACUUGAAUUAAAAUCUCAACAUAAAGCAAUACAAUAUCUUAAAAAAGGGGUGGGGGAUCUCAAAAACAAGCAAAACAAUAAAUAAAAUGGCUAAAUAAAGUAUUGACAAACAAAAUAGUACUUCAAUAUUGAACAUGUAGGCAAAGGUAGAGUUGUACAUUACUUAACUGACAAUCAAGUUAGGACCUUAGGGUUUCCCCUAAACUACCAAAAUACCUGUGGCGGUGGGCGCGUGGUCACAAUGACGUCAUCGAGGAAUUAGCAUAAUUUGUUAUGAUUUUUUUUUUUUUUUUAAAGGCUCAAAAAAUGUAUGCAUACAUUUAAAACACAUUUUUUUGUCGUUAUGGCAUAUUUUUUAAUUGUUACAGCCUUUUGUACAAGGUACUUUGUUGAGAUUGUUUUUAUGUGUUUCCAGACUUUUAAUGACUUUUUUUUAAUUAAAAACAACCAGCAGCAAAUGUAGCAUCUUCUUCUAGUGUUAUUAUAAAAUGUGCUCAUGUUUAGAGACUUAACUUCUGUCCCUCGAUGUUGCUGACUAUAAAGGCUCUCUGCAGCGAGCAUGACAUCACACUUGCUUGGCACUGUUGCUCUAGUAGGACUUUCUCUUCUUAAAAGCCACCACUCUUAAUAUUUGCACAUUUUGUAGAUGGCUGUCCACGGGUAUACCUGCACAAUAUAUACAAAUUACAUCCACAUCACAGACAUGCUGACAAUGCUCCAGACAAUGGCGUGUGUUUUGUUUACAUCUAGUUUUGGUAGCGUGGGUUUUAUGUUUGUGUGGUUUGGAUUUGAUGUUGGUUUAUUCCAUGUUUGCAAACACACCGUCCUGAAAGGUGAUUGGCGGAGAAUGAGGAAGUGUUGUUGUGUGUCCGGGGAAGCGCAGUAUUUGCACGGGAGGUAAAACAUGUUGGAGUUGUGCGGUUUGUUAUAACAUUGGUAAUAAAAUAGCGUCAGACUUUGUGAUUUCUUCUGGGGCUACAAUUUACUAUAUUAAUUUAAUUUGUUUUCAAGUAAAAAAAACAACUUAUUUUUAAGGUAAUAAAAAUGCAGUGGCGGCGCGCCACUUUCAAUUACAUUAAGGGGAAACCCUAGACCUUCUUAAACUAAAGUGCGGAGUAACAAUAAAACAACAUAAACACUAAAUUAUCAUCAGACGUAUUAACAGGUCAAAUGCAAAAAAAACUUCAGUCUGGCAGAUUCCGAGUGACAAACACCGACAUGACAUGACAACAUGAAAAAUGUCUGUUAAACAUUUGCAGCACUUUGAGAAGUGCUAGUUUUUCAACAGUAUUAAAUGGCAGCAUGUCUUUGGCAAUGUAUUUAACCACACUUUCUAUGAGCACACACUAUUUUGUACUGUUAUGAGAUAGGCUCCAGCACCCCCCGCGACCCCAAAAGGGACAAGCGGUAGAAAAUGGGAUGGAUGGAUGUUUGCAUGGACCUGGCUUGUUCAACAAACGCAAACUGCUACAUGCUCACUACUUGCACUGUGUGAUGCUAGCGGGCCAGCCUCACCAAACAAAGAGUGUGGAGCCCAUCAACAUCCAGGGACGUGAAGUGGCAGUAGUGGGGCAGUACAAGUACCUGGGAGUCCACUUGAAUAGCAGACUGGACUGGAAGGACAACAGCAAAGCUGCAUACAAGAAGGGCAUGAGCAGACUGUUUUUCCUGAGGAAGCUUAGGUCCUUUAAUGUGUGCAGCAAGCUGUUGGAGAUAUUUUUUCAGUAUUUUGUGGCCAGUGCCCUGUACUUUGCAGAUGUUUGUUGGGGGAGCAGCACCAGCAAAAGGGACUUCAACCGGAUUGACAAACUGAUCCGGAAAGCCGGCCAAAGUAUUGGCACACAGUUGGAGGCGUUUGUAUCAGUGAGGGACAGGAGGACACUGGACAAACUGCUCGCCAUCAUGGACAAUCCUGCCCACCCACUUUACCAGACAAUUGAGGGACAGUGGAGCUCAUACUCCAACAGGCUCCUCCAGUCCUUCAUUCUGCACUCCAUCCAGCUGCAUAAUCAUUCGCCAUACAGCAAUAGAUGAUAUCUGUCUAUUACCUGACCGCUUCUAUGUAAGCUACCUCUCUUUGUUUAUAAUGUAUAUUUUCUGCUGGAUCUACUCUCUAUUUUAUGUUCACCUUUUUUUUGCUGCAGCUGUUACAUAUACUGUAAUAUUGUACAUGGUAAUUGGGAUUUGUUAUAUAUUGUAUAUAUUAUAUAGAAAUAUAAUAUAAUACAAUAAUAUAAUAUAUCAGUAUAUAUUAUAUACUGUAUAUAUAAUAUGUAAAUAUUAUAUUUUAUAUUGGUACUAUGGUACAUUUUUGUCUACCUUAUACCUGCAUUUUCAUCCUUACCCUUUCCAUCCUUUGUAACUGAGCUACUGUGUGGAACAAUUUCCCUUGUGGGUUUGUCUUAGUCUAAGUCUAAUAAGUGUAAGACACUUAAUGAGGACACUGUAAUUUACCUCCUUCUUUUCAUUUCGCUAUGGUACAAACAUGCGUAGCCGCUAGAAGCGACAAAAAGCGUGAAUGCUAUUUAAGCAUGGAUAUGGCGAUUUAUCGACGCUGGAAAAUUUACCAACUUAAUUUUAAUUUUGUUGUCGGUUAAUUGACUUAUCGAAUAUCGGCCCAUGCCUAUUUGUAGUCCAAACAAAAAUAUGUCCACGGUAAGACCAAUAAGUUAAAAUGCUCUGUUAUUGGUUGUAUUAACUAGCACAGGUCACCACACAAACCUUCAGCCUCAUGUAAAGAAAUAAAAAGUGCCUAGUGCCUACAUAACUUUUUGUUUCAUGACAAUGUACCUACUCCAAUGCAGGGCCCAGUGACACGGACAUGAAGCACAAAGCCUGGCUAAGGCCCCUUCUACACUAAACCGGCUAAGGUUAUCCAGGGUAAUUCCCACCUAACCUUAUCCUUGUCCACACACACACAAUGAUCGUUUUUUUUAAUCACAUCCACGGGAGCCCGCAUUCUCGUUGUCUCUCCUUCAACAAAUGGAUGAAGCUUUUCGGUAAGUAGAAUCACAGCUGACCUGGACAUUCAAAAGUUCUCUUGCCGUCUGAGAUGUGUUGUAUCCGAAAUAGCUGCAAUCUCGCGUUUUCUUCUCUUAAGGUAUUCAUGUGUGAUUUACACAAGCGUUUCUACAGACGGAAGGAGAAACAGGUGCAUGUCUGGAUGAUUCGCCUCCAUAUUUCCAGUGGUUAGCUCCGAGUUACGAAACCGCUUUAUUAUGAAGCUGGCAGUGGCGCGUUCUUGCUGACGUCACUUCCUGUUGGGGCGCGGUCUUUCUGGCGUUAAUUCCUCUCCGAACUCAGUUUGUAAACGAUCAAUGAGUCCAUACAAAGCUAAGAGCCAGCGAUUCAAGAAAUUGACGGCGCAUUUACCCGUGUAAAAAAAUAUCCAAGGAGGGGAACCUUAAACGAUGAAUUAGUGUGGCCAAAACGGGGCUCAGGCUAAAUAUUUAUUUGUUUAAGGGGUUAUCCGGCUUAGUGUAGACAUAGCCUAAGAGCCCCGUCUCGGUCUGAGCACAAUGUACAAAAGAAUUUAUCCAAACUACCAGUUCGGACAAUUAAUGCCAAUAGUGGUAAAUCCAGUAGCUUGACAAAUGUAAUGAUGCGUUGUUGUUUUAAAAAUCGUGAGAAAGACAUUAAAAUAACACAUAUACCUGUAUACUAACAGCUUUAUGCCACUGAAAGACAUCAAAGGAGAAAGCUAAAACUAACCUUUGAAAUGCUUUCAUCUUCUGUGUUCUGAAGUUUCGGUUCGUUGAUAAAAUAUGCUGCUG